AGCAAGUCUGACUCAACAUUUCUGCUUUCCUGCCCAGACUGAUUUGAUGUGCAAGAAAGGACGAACUAAGCUACACUCCAAGAGCAACCAAUUCCCUACACCGUAGGGAAUCCUUCCUCUCUGCACACAGAAGGCGUAUACACUUCCUACAGCAAGGGGAAUCCUUCUUCGGCUGCUUCCAUCGCUCUCCCUUUACUGAGCAAACAUAUCCGUCUCUCACAGCUGAUUCUAUCCCAUCAAACAAGAUGUUUAUGCUCAAGAAACUAACAGAUUCGGUCCAGGGAGGAGGUGGUGGUGGUGUUGGUGGGAUGCUGCAGGGGGCUCUCAAUAUGGCUGGCUCUGGAGGUGGAGGUGGUGGUGGAGGAGGUGUGGGUAACCUGCUGCAAGGUGCCCUUAGCAUGGCAGGAUCUGGACAAGGAGGAGGAGGAGGAGGUGGCGGUGUAGGUAACUUGCUGCAAGGUGCCCUCAGCAUGGCAGGGUCUGGCCAAGGAGGAGGUGCUGGUGGUGGUGUGGGCAAAUUCAUACAAGGAGCAAUAAGUGGAAUAGCUGGCUCGGGUCAAGGUGGUGCCCAAUCCGGUCAACUUUUUGCAGGUGCUGGAGGUGGAGGAGGACAAGGAGGAAACAUCCUUGGUGGAGUUAUAGGCCUUAUUGGAAAUUUAAUUGCAAACUAUAAACCUGAGCCCCCUCCAACCCCUUGUGCUAAUACUUUUCAGCAGGAAGCCAAUGAAAAUGAAGAACAGAGGCAGUUCAGAAGACUUUUCAAGCAGCUGGCUGGAGAAGAUAUGGAAGUCUCCCCUGCAGAGCUCAUGAAUGUCCUGAAUAAAGUUGUGGCAAAGCACCCAGACCUUAAAACUGAUGGGUUCACCAUAGAUACAUGCCGCAGCAUGGUUGCUGUCAUGGACAGUGACGGGACAGGAAAGCUGGGCUUUGAGGAAUUCAAGUAUCUAUGGAACAACAUCAAGAAGUGGCAAUGCAUCUACAAGCAGUUUGAUACGAAUCGUUCAGGAUAUAUUCCUGGUAAUGCCAUCCCAGGUGCACUGCAGGCAGCUGGAUUCCAGCUAAAUGACCAACUAUACGCUAUGCUAGUACGCCGUUACGCAGAUGCAGAUGGGAAUGUGAACUUUGAUAGCUUUAUCAGCAGCUUGGUUAGAAUGGAUGCCAUGUUCCGAGCCUUUAAAGCCCUUGAUAGGAGUGGGGGAGGAGAGAUCCAAAUCCGGUUGCCAGAAUGGAUGAAGAUGACAAUCUACUCCUGAAGUGUCACCAUUCCAACCCUUACUUUGUUGUGCUAAAAGGAUCCCUCAGCAGUGGUUGGUGUGUGUAGCUUGCGUGCAACAGGAUGGACUGAAUACACUUAAAAUGCUUGGAAAGAUGGCUAUUGACUAGUAUAUAUGGUAUGAUUCUAACCCUCUGCAAGAGGUGGCUGGAGAAUAAUGGGUGUACCCGGUUAUGUAAGCAUGGUUUUAUAGUUAUGGUUUCCUAAUUAUAUUAGCAAUCAAUGUAUUACUUAUAGCAGACUUGAAAUGUAUAUCACUAUUGUCUGAAUCCUAUAUUAAUCUCCCUGCUGUGGUAUUCUAUGUUGCCAAUGUUACAUCUAUUGCUUUAACAGUUAAAAUACAUUUAGGUACCAAUUCUACCAGAAUUAUAGAUUGUCAUCUGGUGCCUUUGAUAACAAAUUUGCAGAAAUGUCAGACAACACGCUCAGGUGUAACAGCUUGGCAUAAAACCCUAUAAUAAAUAUACGUGUCUUA